AUGAAACUAAAAUACUGUUGGUAUGCAUUUUACAUAAUCCAAAUUGUGACAUGCGUAAAGUGGCAAAACAAAUUGACUGAUCUUUUCUUUUUGAAUUACGUUGGCAACCAUUUCGUAGUAACAAAGGGGGGGAGGGAAAGAAGGAAGAACAUUUGGCGCAAGGCAUACGAAAAUGGCAAAAGGAAAGAGGUGAACAUUUUUACAAAGUGCGGCGGGGAAAGGAUAUCCCACGUGUGGAGCAGUAAGAGCGAUGAAGAUCAAAGUGAUUACACCUCGAGUGGCGUAUCCCCUGAAGCGACUAAGCAAGACACCGCUAACGGGGACUCCACCAAUCUCGCCGCUAUCCAUGAUGAAGACAUUUUAAGAAAAAAAGGGGCGCAGAAAGAAGUGGAAAAGAGUGUCGUCCCGCUAAACAUGGACUGGGUAAAAGUGAUGAACCUGAUCUACGCAAGCAGAGAUGUGGACGCAACUACGUUGGCUUUCAACGCGGCCAUGUCUGCAGUGGAAAAGAAGGGCUGUCUGAAAAGCAUGUUGGAGCUAUUCGAAGUAAUGAAAAAAAAAAAUAUAAAACCAGAUUUGGUGUCCUACAAAUUGUUGCUCCGACUAUGUGCCAAUUACCAUCUCGGAGACCACGCGGAAAUUUUAUUUGACGAGAUGGUAGAGACGGACAAAUUGACUCCAACGUACGAAAUUUACGCUCUCAUGAUAAACUGCUUUGCCAAGGUGGGGGAUGGGCACAAGGCUGUUGAAUUUCUGGAGAAGCUGCGGAGCGACCCUCUGGUAGAGGGAGUAAACAACUGGGAGGUAGACGGUAGCGGUGAUGGGAACGGUAGUGCUGGUCGCAACGUAAGCAAUGAUGGAAACGUAAGCAAUGAUGGAAACGUAAGCGAUGAUGGAAACGUAAGCGAUGAUGGCAACGUCAACCGUGGAGAACGCGGAAAUUACUUGUGGAAGGACCACUUUGACGAACAGGCUGCCACAGAAGAAGACGCAAAGGCUGAAGGAAACGCAUACACAAAUCAAUUUAAAGAUAUAACGAAAAAGAUCAAGCACAUCGAAAAGGGGAGCAGCAAAAUCCAGUACAGCGAAUACACUAAUGUAAUUUUCGCAUGCAAUAUGUCAAAUUUACCUGAACAAGGAAUAAAAUAUUUCGAGGAAUUAUUAAACACAGGAAAGUACAUGCCCUCUACCCUCCUGCUGGAGAGCAUAUUCGACUUAUUAGCAAAGAAUGGGAAGUACGAAAAGUGUCUAGACUAUUACAACAAACUGAAGGACGAUCCGAAUUUUAAAAAAUAUAUUAAUGUUAAUAUCCUGAAUAAUAUUUUGAAAGCACUAUGUGUACAUGGGAAAAUUAACAUUAUUGAACAAGUGUGGAAAAAUGAAUUCGAUGAAUUAAUGUUAACUCCAAAUGCUAUUUCCUAUGCAUAUAUGUUGAACGCAUAUAGCAUUGUGGAUGAUUAUGAAAAAGCAUUCAAGCUAUUUAAAGAAAUGCAAAUGAAAAAAAUGUUAAAUAAUAAAAAUAUUAUUCCCUUUGUAUAUACAAUUCAUGCCUUUAAAAAUUGUGGCAUUUAUAAUUAUGCCAUUUAUGUUUUGAGAGUAGCUAAAUUGUUAAAUGUCUCUUCGGAGGAUUUACUGAAGCUUUACAACGACGCCAUGGUUGCAUGCAUAAAUUCCAAAAAGUACGAAGUCGUUAUUUCGCUUUACGCAGAAUUAGUCACUAUGCAAGAAAAAGGUGCACCUUCUCUGGAAAUUAACAUCAGCACGCUUGGGUUCGUCCUCUUGGCCUUUAAGGAACUGAACAUGCGCGACGAUUUUAUCAAUUUGAAAAAUUUAAUAAUUCAGAAAAAUUACAAGUUAACUCCGCUGUGUGGGAAGUUGGUUAACGAGCAGCAGAACGACUAG